AUGGAUCCUGCUCCCUUCGACUUUGAUGAUGACGAGAAAAUCUCCUCUCGCGCUAUAAAGGCGCAGGGGAAAGUGGUUCCUGAUCGAGCACUGCUAAGAGCCAAUCACAGCCAGAUAGAUCGUGAUUGCUGCAUCGUUGGCAGCUUGGGGGACCCGAGAAUAAGUGGGCGUUUUUAUUGCAGGCUUGCGGGAUGUCCAGAUUCAGAUGUUCCGUUAACCUCUUUGCCCGCGCUCAAAAACCAUGAACAGGAACACUUAGUGCCAAAAUCGCAAGACACAGAGCUCUCUCAGAUGUUUAAGACAAGCCUCACCGUGGACCAACACUCUGAGAAGAAAUAUGUAAAGAACCCUGAGUUUGAGGAGAGGUUAGCCGAGUUUGAGAAGGCGCUAGCCGAGCCUGUGAAGGUGCCAGCCGAGCCUCGGCAGACACAGGAUAAUGACUCCGUUGCUGCUGUUAAACGUUCGAACCUUGGUCCCGGGCCUUACCACUGCACGUCUGAGGGAUGUCGAAUAUUGGAUAAACCGUUUAAGUAUUUAAGUAAGCUUAGAGAUCAUCAACGGGAACACCUACCGCCGGCUUUCCCAUGCCCGGAGUGCGGCCAGAAGUUCAAACAAUCUCGCAUCCUUCAAAAGCACCUUGACAGGGUACAUAAGUCCAGCCAAAAUCAACGCGGCGCCGGAGACGCUCCUAGAUGUGGGACAACCUUAGACGUGACCUACGCCGAUCUUGAUCUUACGUCCCACAUGACUACUCUUACUAUACAGACUCUUCAAAACCAAACUUAUCAGCUCUAUGGCGGUCUUGACACAGAUGUCCUUUUCCCUCCAGACGUUUUCGUUAACUCUGAUUGGGUUGAUAUCCACCCUGGGCUCAUAAGGUGUCCAGUCCUCUAUCACACAUCCUCCGAGGGCGUGGGCGGGAGUGGCUUCGAGGAUCUCUUUCCUGACGGGACCACAGAAGCGGGAGCAACCUCGGGAGGGGAUCUUUACGUGUAA